AAUAAGCAAUAGCACCAUACCCUCAUCCGAAUCUCAUCUCACUCAUUACUUCCUUCCUCCUUCCUCUGCAAGUAACUCAGCAUUUACGUUUCCCCCGUAACGUAUCGGAAAGUAAGAGAAAUGGGCAUUUGCGGUUCUUGCGAAGCCACCACAUCGGUGGCGACGGCGAAACUAAUCCUUCAAGACGGACAACUUCAAGAGUUCCCUUACCCAGUUAAAGUAUCGGAAGUGCUACAGAAGAAUCCAUCUUGUUUUAUCUGCAACUCCGACGAGAUGGAUUUCGAUGAUUUCGUAUCGGCAAUCAAUGAAGAGGAGGUGUUGCAGCCGGGUCAGCUCUAUUUCGUGUUACCGUUGAGUAGGUUGAAGUAUCCUCUUCAGGCUGAGGAGAUGGCGGCAUUAGCGGUUAAGGCUAGUUUGGCUCUUAGUAGGAGUAGCGGAGGUAAGAAUAAGUGUGGAUUUAGCCGGAAGGGGGUAGUGCCGGCAGUGUUUUCAGGGAAGCGAGCGGUGAAGCCGUCGAGUACUUGGGGAGGUGAUGAGGAGUUGGUGGUGGUGGAGGAGAGGAGGAGAAGACCCAGGGUAGGGGUUUGUGGUAGUGGCAAGGGACGUAAUUUUACGUCAAAGUUAGGUGCCAUUAAAGAGUAGUAGAGGGAAAGAGAGAAACAGCUCAGCUCGGGGGAAUGGUUGGAACUUGGGUGGGUCAUGGGUGGCUACCUAGCCCAACCCUAGCCUGCCUAGCUGGAUGUGUUCUUUACUCUGUUGUAAAAUGUAAAUAAUCAAAAAAUUUUGGAAAUAGAAAAGUUCAUUGUUUCUACUUGUAAGGGAAAA